AUGGCAGUUACAGGCAGCGAGUUUUUUGACUUUGUGAUCGGCUUUGGGGUAUCGCUGAUUGCUUCGGUCAUGAACGCCGCAGGCCUUAACCUAUUGAAGCUGGACCACGUCAAAAACAGUGCUCUGUCUACAGAGCGACAACGGAACGAAUGUGGUCGACCUAUGUGGCACGUUGGUUUAUAUCUCUACAUCAUUAGCCAACUUGCUGGAAGUACCAUUGCACUUAACUUUCUCAAGACACAGUGGGUCGCUCCACUUGGUUCAAUCGCAUUGAUCUUCAACUUUAUUUUUGCAAAGAUCCUGGUAGGGACACAAAUCACACGCAAGGAUGUGUAUGGCACAAUUGUUGUCAUGAUCUCUGUGGUUUGGAUUGUCGUCUUUGGAGCAAUGAACUCGGCAAGUGAUAUUGAGGAAAAGAUGACCCUUGCAGAUUUAAAAGACUUGUUUUCCAGAAUUGUUUUCGUCAUCUAUUUCUCAGUCCUGAACACGAUCAUCUUUGCAUUCCUGGCUCUGGGCAUGUAUGCAUACUGGGCCAUCUCUUUGGACGACGAAUCUGGUCAGCUACGAAAGAAUAUGAAGACCAAGCUUACAAAGCUACUGGGUACAAAUCGUUUCGCAAGAGCUUCUGGCUUGACAUUGGAAGGAGACGAAGGCCUCGAGGCUGAAGCAAGGGAUCAGAGACUCAAGAAAGUGGUGGCCAUGAUCAUGUCUUCUUGUGGUGGAUUGUUGGCGAGUGAAACUCUGCUAUUAGCAAAAAGUGGUGUUAAACUGAUUACUUCGACCUUGGCAGGCAAUAACCAGUUCACGGACUACCUGAGUUUCUUUAUCCUUUUUGUCUUGGUCUUUACUGCGAUUCUCCAGGUCUACUGCUUGAACACAGGACUAAAACUCUAUGACUCUGUACUGGUCGUACCUACAUUUUAUGGAUUCUAUACUGCAUUUGGAUUGAUCAACUCAACCAUUUAUCUUGAUCAGCUCGGAGAUUAUGAACCAUGGGUCCUCCUGUUGGUCCUAGUCGGUAUUGCCGUGCUUAUCUAUGGCGUCCGUAUGUUGAGCGCACCCAAGCCAGAGCAGCCUCCUUCAGGCGACCAAAUGUCCCCACUUGAUUCUGUCUACGAUGACGAAGAGGAGGAUUCACAUGAGAUGGGGCAGCGGAUCAAGAGCGAUUUAAAUGAUUCUGAGGACGAUGGACACGAAAAUGGGCAUGAUGCUCGGGAACGUAAGCGCCAGAGUAUGUUGCAGUCAUCACUCAAUUCACUGGCUAUGCAUGAAAAGAAAUCAAGAGUGGAUAUGGAGAAACAACAACAGCCUCGACCGCGAAUUGAUACAGUCACAGCACGGACACGUCAAGAAUCAGCUCGGUUCUCAUCAUCACCAGGCAUCAUGUCACCUAGUCAAUUUAAAGCUCACUUGAUCGGUGCUAGCCAGCAAGCAUCACCAUCGUCCACAGCAGCACAAUUCUCAUUCCGUGAUGAGCAAGCUGAUAAACUUGGCGACAUCCCUCGAAGCUCAGCUUUCAGUAGCAAUAACAACGAUGGACAUUCUGCUCGGUGGUCGACAGGAAGUUCAAAAAUUGACCAGGUCUUUGAAGAUUUGAAUCCAUUCAAGGCUCUAAAGAAUGGCAAUAGAGGUUCUGUCAGUGGUGGUAAUACUGGUAUAGCCUCGUCAGCGGUAACAAACACUUCAUCAUCAUCGUCCGUCUCCAUUUCUCAACCUUCUUCACCCAUGCCCUCAUCGGGAACACGACCAGGACAUCAUGGCAGACAGGAUUCAUUCACGGGCUUGCCUUCAGAAUGGGACGUACCUGAACGGAAGAAACGACAUUCGAUGCGGUUUGAUCAGGUCGUCAGAUCAAACUCUGCUUCGGGUGGAUUCGCCUCUUCGGGCGCAUCCUCUCCUUCAACAACCAGUGUCAACUCUAAUGGGGCAGCGCCAGCCCCUACGACAUUAGCAGCAUCAGCCCCCAUGCCCUCCACUCCAACAAGGACGCAUCCUGGAAACCCAAAACAACUUUUUGCAUCAGGUGAAUGGAUACCAUCUUCAUCGCCAUCUAAUGGUGCAGGAGAGCUCUUUGUGCCUUCGCCUCGGACUUCUAGGAUCAUGUCCUCGCCUGAGAUCCAACUAAGUCCCAUGUUUGCGAUUGUGGCAGCUACAAAUGAGACCGAAAAGCAGAAGAACAGCAUCCAAACUGAGAAUGGGUCUAGUCACAAUGAUGUAUCCAUGGGUCAACAACACUUGGUAGGGAUGGUGCCAUCACUACCAUCAGCGACCGCGUCUUUUGCUUAA